AUGAUAUCCACCCAUUGGUUUCCAUGCAGGUUGAUAGCUUUGUUCGUUCUUCUCUCUUUACAUAUUUGGUUUACCGCGUUUGGUCAAUGGAUUUCUCGGGCUAGAAGAGCUACAUUCAACGAACAUAAUCUUCUGCUGACCUAUCAACCAAGAGCUUACACACACGGUCAUCUUUUCGUCCCUGAUCCACCGACACCAUGCGGAUUCUCGAAAAAUCCAACUGAAUCAUGUACUGAUUCGGAGUUUCGUCAAGCCCGUGAUGCACAUUACAAGGAUGAAUUCCACAGAGCCGUGAACACAUCUGCUGAAAAAAAGUUUAUUCAACAAGAGAAGGUAGAGACGAUGCGAAUCGAGUUUGAUCAAACCACGUCACCAUCUUCAUCGCCCAGUAGAUCUGACAAGUCGCCUAAUUUUCAUAUUUGA